GGAUCUACUAUUUUAUCAACUGUUUUUACAAAAACAGUCAUGUCUUUAAAUCUUGCUUUAUGAUUUCUCUUCUAGAGUAAAGAGCAGAGUGAAGAUGAUAUCCCAAUCAAACCACCGUGAAAAGACAUGCCAAACAUAAGCGAAAUCAAUAAUUCUUCUCCUGAUAGAGAAAGAGAAGGGGAGGUACUUCCUUCUUCGGAUGUAUCACAGAUUGCAAAAUUUGUUCCAAAUAAUGACGAAGAGGCUCCAUUUAACCUUGGAAAUAAUAUCGAAAAUUACUUUUACUACACAGAGGAGGAUAAAUGGGAAGAUGACUCAGCUUGGGACCAUAGCUUGAGCCAGAAAUUCAAGAACUUGAUGGAUCAUCACAAUAUUAGUGAAGACUUUAUCAUCAACAAUAUAAAAUUUGAAGAUAUUUUUGAUCACGACCGAGUAAUAGAAGGAUAUCUUAAAAUUGAUCUCUAUGGACUUAAAAUAGUCCCUAAAGAUUUCCUAAUUGAUAAGAACACCAAAGAGACUAACUUCAUCCAAUGAGAGGAAGACUCUUUCCUAGAGUAUGUGCUGAAUAUGAAGAACAAUAUUUCUGAAGAGAAGAUGGAAGUAAUGAAGUUAGAAUAUUACCAUGUCCCAUAUACUCUCACCAGCCAGUUGGUCUGCCAAAGAAUAGCUAACAAAUAAAUCAGAAGUGAUUACCAUAGAGAUUACCACCAAGGACUUCAGGACUCUAAAUAUUGUCAUCAAGGACAUGCCUACAGGGAUUAAACUGUUUGAGAAUUUGAAAAAGUUAUGCUUCAGUAGCACCUUAAAGGACUAUAGUUAUUGUAUAAUCAAUGCUAUACAGCUGAAUAUGAGCAAGCAAGAGCCUGUGCCAAUCAGCGCGAGUCAUGAUGAAUGGUCAGAUAAAUCUGAAGUAAAUAAACCCAUCCCUCAAAAUGGGUGGAAAGUAUAUGACUUCAAAUAAAGAAUUUAAAAGGCAAGGAGUAAAUGAGAUUAAAGUGUUGUUUGGAUCGCUUAAAUGCUGGGGAAAUAAAGAUUCUUUUAGUACAACUUACCCAGAAAGAGUCUUUGUCCCUUUAUCAUUGAGACAGAAUAAGAGAAUCAUUGUUGUAGGUGUCUCUAGUUUAUCAAUAGAAAUGAGCAAAAUUUAGAGUAAAGUCUAGAUUCCCAGCCCUUACUUUCUUACAUAAAAAUGG